GGCGCUGGGAGCGGAGUUGCGGCGGUGCCGCGGUCCGGCGCGCGGUGGAGGGCGCGGGCGGGCGCUCCCGGACGGCGCCCUCCAUGGAGGCUUUCCCCGGCAGCAAGCUGGAGCCGCACCGGCACCUCCCGCCCGUAGAGCGCCUGCCGGGCGCCCGCUACGGCGGCCGGAGCCACAGCGCCUACGGGAACGUCUUCAACUCGUGGAACGAUUACCUGGGGCUGGCCACGCUCAUCACCAAGGCCGUGCGCCCCGGCAAGGGCUUCGGCGCCGAGCCGCCCGCCGUGGUGGUGGCGGCGGCCGAAGAGGAGGAGGAAGAAGAGGAGGAGGAGGAGGAAGAGGCGGCGGGGCCGUACUUCGAGGGCGCGCUGGACUUGCACGAGCUGGAGCUGUGCGGGCACCACCACCACCACCACGGCGACGGGCUGCUGGAGGAGCGAUUCGCCGACUUCAGCCCCUUCCCCGGGCGCGGCGGCCCCGCCGCGGUGCUGUUCGACUGCUCGGGGGAGCACGCGGGCCGGGACGGCUCGGCUCACGCGUGGGGCGCGGGCGUGGUGGUGGCGGCGGGUCGGCUGCCCUCGCACCCGCGAGCCGCGGGCCGCCUGCUGAAGCCCGAGCUGCAGGUGUGCGUCUUCUGCCGGAACAACAAGGAGGCGGUGGCUCUGUACACCACGCACAUCCUGAAGGGACCCGACGGCCGCGUGCUGUGCCCGGUGCUGCGCCGCUACACCUGUCCCCUGUGCGGCGCCAGCGGGGACAAUGCCCACACCAUCAAGUACUGCCCGCUGUCCAAAAUGCAGGCGGCCAAACAGCUCCGGCACGCCCGGACCGCGCUGGGCAAGAAAGCCCGCUAGGAGCGGGGCGCGCGGGGACUGGCGGGCGGCUUCGGCGCGGCCGGGACGCCCUGUACGUGUUUCUUGUAAGAAAUAUAUAUAUAUGUGGUUUUUAAGAAAACGGGAUUCACCGCGAGUUCCGACGGGGGCGGCGCUCGGGGCGGGCGGUGUCCCUCCCCGCUGCUCGCCCGGCCCGGGGGAACGGCCGCCCGCUGCCCGGCGGGGACUGAAGGGCUCUGAGCCGCUCCCUCGUCCGUCUUGGAACCGUUCGGGUUUCUCUCUCGGUGGCCGGCAGCCCCUCGGCUAAAUGGGGAAGGGGAGGAACGGGACGGUGCCGCCCGGCUCCCUGUGCGUAACGCACGGCUUUGAGGCUGGGAGGUGGGAGCGGCGAGGGACUGGCGGGGGUUGCGCGGUGAGCCCUUCUGUAGGGGCACGGAGCGGACCCUGGUGUGUUUGUGGGCUUCUGAGGAGAUUCAGAGCACUGUGCGGAACUGACGAAAGGAGGGUGAUGCGUUUGUAAGGCUGAAGAGUGCGGCGGAGGAUUGGAUGCGGGGAGGGGGAUCCAUCUGUGCGGUUACCAAGUAGCUUUCACGUAUACCGGACACGGGACGCAGCUCCGGGAAAUGCUGAGAGCCGCCACGGGGCUGCGUCGAUCCCGAGAGGUGGGGAAUUUGUUUUUAUUGCAACUUGAGGCAGGAGAAGGAGCAGCAGCAGCAGAUCUGUGGGUCUCUUCGGAGCCCUCUGGAGCCAGGAGGGCUGUGCAGAAAGGUUCUGCUGUAGAUGGCUGUACCCAGAUUCAUCUGGAGGGUGAGAAAGUCACCGGGUCCUGAUGGGAAGGGGAGCUGGGCAAGUGAGAAGUGACAGUCAUCAGUGUGAGUUCCUUCUGGGGAGCUACUUGGCAGGGUGGGAGAUUGAAACAAGGAAGUAGGAUGGGCAGGGUUGGGCCCAGGGGUCACUAUUCAAAACUGCAGCUGAGAAUAGGGUUGUGGAUGGAAAUGUUCUAUUCAGGCUUCAUCAAAUUGCUCCAGCAAUGGCAUUAGGUCUAAUUAGCAAAUGUAAAUGGACUUGCAUUAAAUAACACCUUGCUGUGGCUACAGCUGGUUGUAUGGAGCUGCCUGUUGGUUGUGAUGGUACCAGCUGUGUGCUGACUCUCCUUCCACAAGGCUUGCCCUGCAGGUUUUCAGCUGGUAGAAUUUAAGUGUUUGAUUUUAUGAUGUCUGUCUGCACCGCAGAUUGGGAUUGAGCUCCAGUGUAAUACUGUGGAAAAAAAAAAAUCUGUCUCUUUGUUAGCUUCUUGUGGGAAUGUUGAAGAUGAGUACAUGUGUUUCAAUUCAGUUGACUGUUUAUGGACACAAAAGCAAGAAAGAUGUAAGGAAAAGAUCUCAGAUGCUUUCUGAGGGGACAUUCCAAGAGGGCUGCCAUACACCUGCCUCCCCUGAUCUGUAGAUUAAGCUACUCUAUAGCAACUGCCCCACUGCACCGCCUGGGAGCUUGACAAGACAUCAGAACGUCUCCUUGCCUUGGAUGCCAGCCCUGUCCUUGUGCAGCACCUGUCCCUGCCCUCCAUCUGGGUGAGAAGAAAGCUGUUCUUUUGAUGGUGGCUCCUGCUGUGUGUGCCCAGAGUCCUCCUGCUCUCUGUGUGUACCUGCACUGCGUGGCAUCAGGCCUGGGAGUCGGGCUCCAGCAGGAUCCCUUCUCCUUCUCCCCAUCUCUUUCUCGAUCUUUUGAUGCUGACGGGGGAGCAGAAGCUGGAGGAGCAGCAGGGGCAGGA